GCUGCGCUCGCCUCCUCUCCUGCGCGCUCGCUCGUUUCCGACCGUCCGCUCCGUCGGGUCUCGCCCGCUCCAGCCGCAGCCAUGGAAGCCAUCAAGAAGAAGAUGCAGAUGCUGAAGCUCGACAAGGAGAACGCCAUCGACCGAGCCGAGCAAGCCGAGGGAGACAAGAAGCAGGCCGAGGACCGAUGCAAGCAGCUGGAGGAAGAGCAGCAGGGCCUGCAGAAGAAGCUGAAGGGAACCGAAGAUGAGGUGGAGAAAUACUCGGAGGCCGUCAAGGAGGCGCAGGAGAAGCUCGAACUGGCCGNGCCUGCAAGCACGGAUGCCGAGUCUGAAGUGGCCUCUCUGAACCGGCGCAUUCAGCUGGUGGAAGAGGAGCUGGAUCGGGCCCAGGAGCGCCUGGCCACCGCCCUGCAGAAGCUGGAGGAGACAGAGAAAAUGGCGGAUGAGAGCGAGAGAGGCAUGAAAGUCAUCGAGAACCGCGCCAUGAAGGACGAGGAGAAGAUGGAGCUGCAGGAGAUGCAGCUGAAGGAGGCCAAGCACAUUGCAGAGGAAGCUGACCGCAAAUAUGAAGAGGUGGCGCGCAAGCUGGUGAUCCUGGAGGGCGACCUGGAGCGCUCAGAGGAGAGGGCAGAGGUCGCCGAGAGCCGUGCGAGGCAGCUUGAGGAGCAGCUCCGUGCCAUGGAUCAGGCCCUCAAAUCCCUGAUGGCUGCGGAGGAAGAGUACUCCACCAAGGAGGAUAAGUAUGAGGAGGAGAUCAAACUGCUGACAGACAAGCUCAAGGAGGCUGAGACUCGGGCAGAAUUUGCAGAGCGGUCGGUGGCAAAGCUGGAGAAGACCAUACCGCUGCCUGCAGAUGAGGUCUACGCACAGAAGAUGAAGUACAAAGCCAUCAGCGAGGAGCUCGACAACGCCCUGAAUGACAUCACCUCCCUCUGAGCCCCCCCCAGCACCGCCACCCUGCCAUGACAC